GAUGUUGCGGAUUCAUCAUUGCAUUUGCAUGGGGUAGUGCAUAUGUUGUGUGUGGCCUUCUAAACGAUAAAUCUAUGGAUUAAAGGAUGAACAGGUCGAUGCAGGAAUAUUCAUUCUAAUGAUAAGGAAAUACGAAAUGCAAGGACAAUCUCUAAGCAUGCAGUAUGCCUUAGAUCUAUACAAUGGUGGAAUGUUCCAAAACUAAAGAGUCGAAAGGCCCAGCUGGAGAGAAAUUCCCAUUCCUCGACCAAGGACAAAAAAAAAAAAAGAUUAAAAAGGUGCUGACUAAGGAGGCAACGUCUCCAGAAGUAACGGAUGAUGAGGAAGCCACCCAGAGGAAGGUCUUACCAUUUAUAUGGGAGUCAUCCCUGCUGCGUAAUGUUAAGUGCGACCUGGAUAGAGAGUAUGCUGAAUCUUUGCAACUUCAAUCAAAUAGACAAAAAGCCAAGGCCAUUAGAAGUAGAACGGAAAUGACUAUGACCCCACCACCUAGGAGCAUUCAAGAGUGGGCCGUUUCCUCUACUUAUAAAUGAUGCUAUUACUGUUAAUAGUUAUAUUUAAUUUCCUCAUUUCUAGCUCACCUGAGCCAAAGGCUCAAGGUCACAAUUAAUACUUUAAUACCAUUAUAACCAGUUUUUAUGAAAUUUUAAUAAUGCUGUUGAAGGAGAAUUGCAAUUUUUUGGAUGUUUAUAAUUGACACUGUUUAAGUAUGUCUAGCAUCUUAAAAAGUGAGAUGACCUAUAUAUUUCAUUUCAUAAUUUAUUAAUUUUAACUUAAAUUGAAAUAAAUGCAUUUUUGAUACUUUUAUCAGAGAAUAUUGCAAGUAUGGAGUUACCUUGAUAUAUUUAUACAGAUUUGUUCUGCUUUACUACUAGUGUAUCAGUAUUAUUACAUCAAGUUCAUUUGUGUGAAUAUUAUAAUAUUUAAGAAUGAAUAAAACUGUCAAAUUGUG